AUGCAGGACAUAUUAAGUCUCCCAUCAUCGCCAUACGCUUUCAACAUCCUUCACCGUCAUAUGGGAGGAUAUUCAUACCACUCACCAACAUCCUCCUCAUUGCCCAUAUUUGUAUGGAGAGCUGACUCGGAUGUCAUUCAAGUACGCAGUGCAUUGAAUGGCGCAUUGCUCUUUCUCUGGAAGGCUACUGUCCUCGGAGGUGCAAAGCUGGCCAUAUUCCAAGACGUCAUCGCCAUCCAAAUAGGGAGCGUAAACUACCUGCUCGCUCAAAUGAGAGACAGUAGUGUUUCGCCCUUGAAUCUGCUAGAUCCGUAUACGGGGAGCGUCAUGCCCAUAUAUGCUGAUGCUCAUGGUCCUAUGAAUGUGUCGCUGCCCUUUAUUGUGAAUACAGAAAAAGGAUCCGAGUCUGCCCAAAUCAUUGCUUUGGCUUGUGACAUGUCUGUGUCAUACAGUCUCAUUCUUCCAUCUCGAAGAUUUGUACAUGGAUUCAUCAAACUCCCAAUCACCGCCAAUGUCACAGCUAUAUCAACUCUCGUACCAUCGCUCAACUCGUCUCCCUUCUUGAUUGUCGGUACAAGUCAAGGGCAGAUUACAGUAUUCGGAUUGGAUGCUACUGAAGACGCUACACUUCAUGAGAUUGGAACUUUUGAUAUGUCGAAUAAUGGCCCAAUAACACAUACCGUCACAUGGCCUGCUGCGCCAUCGUAUCAUGGAGAUGCACUCGGUCUUUGUGUUAUUGGUCAAGGUGGUGAAAGUGAUGAUGAUAUGACAACCAAACCUGAUGUCGAAAUCUUCAUCAUCUCAAAGGACGACACUCGACCAUUCUAUCCAAGAGCAGUUGGUCAGCUUGAAUUCCCACCACAUAGUACUGGUCGUGUUACUGCUAUUGCCAUGUCAAUUGACGACGAAGAUAAGCACCAAGUCUUCAUAUCGCUACGCCUAACAAGUGAACACAUGGGACAGCGUAACGAGAUGCGAGGAUGGAAGGUGGAUUUGAAUCAUAUACAGGCACAUGAAGCGCAAGUCUCUGAUAUUACUCAGACUGAUGAUUCUGCCGUCUUGAGUCUGUAUCCACGCGGACGAAGUCCUGAGUGUAGUGUCUUGUUCUUGAAUCGAUUGGCAACCUGGAUUGACAUGUUAAGGCCGAAUGUUCGUGCUGUUGAGGACGAGGCUUACGAUCUCUUCUUUCAAAUGUAUAAGUUGCCGAUAUUCGAAGACUGGUUUUCAACAUUCCCAUAUCCUCAACCUCUUGCCGAUGGUAUUCGACAACGACGUGGAUUGACUGGAAUGCUGUUUAUUGAUAGGCUGUUAGCUAUGUGUCAAGUCGAUGGAUCACAAGCAUAUCCACCACAAUCCAUGAACGAUCUACAAACCCUGUACAACAACAUUAUUGCAUCUCAAGUCAACCCCCUGGAAAAGACUUGUUUCAUAUACUACUUACUGUUGGAUACUACUGUGGCUGAUGGGAUUGAUGCCAAGACAGAGAGUUUCCUGUCCUCGUAUGGGGUACCAGAAGCUUUUAGGAGGGUUAUAUUUGGAUAUUGGUCGCUGGACCAUGGAAGUUACCAGGAGGCAAUAUCACAAUUAACCCAUCCAUCAAUCGAAAACGACUUCCCGUCUGCUGUAUUACAGACGUUGUAUUUAGCCAAUCAACCAAAAGAAGCACUACGCUUCAUUAAAAUUGUCAACCCUGCAUUGACGGAUUUUCAGGAUGAGAAGAUCGUCCUGAAGGUUCUGCUGCAGUGUAGUGGACUGGAUGAAGCUUUUACAUAUCAGCGGAAGAAACAGGAUGGAAAUGAUUGGGAGUUGUUCAAGUGUCUUGUUGAGCAGUGCUUUUCAGGAUCAUCAACACCUGAACGAGUGAGGCUACUCCUCACAUUCCCACUCGAAUCAGAAGAAGAAGCCAUUCUUCUCUCCUACUGUGCCACUCAUCAACAUCCCGCUGUACGAUCAUUUGCUCUCAUGUAUUAUAUAUACCAUGGGCGAUACAGUGAAGCUGUUGCUUCGUAUAUAUCCGAACGAGGUCACAAGUCGUUACCUGCUGCUCACGGAGAAGCAGAUCGAGAACGACACUUCAUCGUUGAGAAUCUCAGGAUGGUGUUGGGUCGAGUUGCUCGUGAGGCUGUCAUGGUUUGGGAGGAGAGUCUUCUUUCUGAGCUGCCAGUGUCUGUGGCGACGAGUAGCAAGGAUGUUGGAGUGAAGAGGAUGCCGGACACGUCUGAAGCCUCUACUUCAAAUAAGAGACUACGAGACUCUACAUACAAAUCAGAGGUACCUGAACGUACUCUGAUUCGAGCAUUAAAAGAACAAUUAAAUGCACAGCCCAUUCUUCAACCACCAUCACCACCUAUAAUACCUGCUGUCCCAAUAGUAGCAGUAGCAUCCAGUAGUGAUAUUCCAGCUGUGCCUUCACUUGCAGCUUCUAGUACCGUAUCCUCAUCAGCAACUCCAACAGCUCAUACACCAAAGGUCCAUAAUGCUGUAUUGGAAGAGGAACAGGUUGAAACGGAGAGUGUUUUGGAUGAUAUGAAGGUGGACCUUGAAGAGGCUGUUGAAGAGGAUAUGAUGAUGGUGGAUGAAGUCGUGCCCGAAAAGGAAGUUGAGCCAGUGGAGGACCCGGUAAAGCAAGCACCAAUAGCUGUCGAGUCUCCCGCAGCUAGUAGUGUCAUCCCACAGCAGCCAACACCAAUAGCUCUGGAGUCUCCUUCUAACAGUGUCAAUCUACAAACGAGGUCUAUGCUUCCUCCUUCCUCGCUCUCCUCUGUGAGUGAGAUAGUGGCACGUAGAUUAUCAUUGCAGAGUGUUGGUGGCGUGCAAAGUCCAUUCAUGAAGCCACCAUCUACACCAAGAUCGCAAUCUACUUCUCAAAGUGUCGAAACCAAGGAAUCUCCAGAAAAGAGAGUGCAAACACGUAAACAGCCAACACCAACAUCUCUCUUCGGUGGAAAAUCUAUCUUGUCUAUGCUGCACCCUGCCAGUAAACCCGUAAUUGAUCAACCUGUGAUAGCUCAUCCGAUACUAGAUUCUAUUGAUGAGUCUAUGGAAGCGUCCACAAGUUUUGAAAAGGAUGUCGUGAAGGACGAUUAUGAUAUUGAAGUGCAGUCGUUGUUGAAGAAUCGAUCACCAUUCUCUGCCGAAGCGCGACAAAGUCGCGAACGAAGUGUAGCAUCUGUUAUGGCAGCCAAUAUUAUAACAAGUAGUAUAGGUGCUAGACGAACGACAGUAUCACCACCUAAAAGUAUUGUAGCGCCAUUGCCACCACCUAUGUCAUUGGCCGAAUUCGAGAAGGAGGUUGUAGAACAACACAGUACUCCAGCAACAGCAACACCUUCUGGAAUUACUAGACGAGGAGGACAUGACCAUGAUAGUGAUAGUUCGCCUGAAUUAUCCGAUGUGGAUGAAUAUGAUAAUAGCAGCAGCAAUGAGGAUGAAGAAGAUGAUAGUGAUACCCCAGGAAGAGCAGGUGGCGAUGCUGUAUCAUAUCCAAAGGCUACAUUCGAACCCUCGGCUUUGGAAGAUGAACCACCGUAUACCGCUGUAGAGGAACAACAAGUGAAACCAUCACCCAAACCAAAAAAGAAGACAGCUGCCGUCCGCUUCGCUAGCCAUUCAGACGCACUACCAGACACACCAGAUGUCGAUGGUAACCGGGUAGGACGCAUCUUACGCAAAACACCAGCACGAACCGCUGCCAACAAUAACUUGCUGAAAGGUGUAUCGAACUUACCAAAUAGGAAUCUCAUUGGGAAAUUAUCGGAAGCUGCGUCAUUGCAGGGAACUCCUGCUGCAGCUGCCGCUGCUAGACGGGCUGCUAAACCGGUAGUAGCUGCUGCUAAACCUGCAGUUGUUGCUGCCAAGAAGGUUGCGGGAGUUAUGGCACCUACUGCUAGUUCUGCUGCCAAGAUGGUUGCGAAACCUAAAGGUGGUGGUGCUGUCAAGAGGGCGGCCAGUAGUGGGUUGGAACGUGCGGUGCGUAAAUGA